CGAGUUCAAAUGAGUAGACAGACAGUAUGGUUUUCUUUGUGUAAGUGCAGUUGCAUUUAGUCAACUAAAUUGUGAAGUGAAGGAAAUCAGAAGUCUCUACAGAAGUCCACAGGCACGCUCACCAGAGAAUAAGGCAUCUACUCAGGUAAAACGUUCUAUCUACGUUCCAUCCUGGUACGUACAUACUGUACACCCCACCCUGAAGAUAUAUCCGCUGUUUCCGUGGCAGUUACGCACUUGGAGUAAAAGACCUUGCUCAAGGGUCCAACCGUGGCAGCCUGGCGGCGUCAGGUCUCGAACUGGGGCUCUCCUAAUCAGCAGUCCAACAUAUUAACCACCAAGCUACCCCUGCCCCCAGGAUCUGAUGAGUGAUGGACAGCAGAAACUCCUCACGUAAUCAAUGUAACCACUCAGAGGAAUACAAGUUCACCACUUACACCGUGGUCUUUAGCCUGGUCUUCAUUUUUGGUCUCUUGGUCAAUGCUGUUGCUCUGUACGUCUUCCUCAAGCUCUCAGUAAAGAAUCGUCUCUCUACCAUUUUUCUCAUCCACCUAGCAGUAUCAGACCUCAUCUUCAUCUUUACCCUGCCUCUAAGGAUUGCAUUUUACUCCAGCAGUUUGUCUGGUAUGCAGAGUUCUUCCAACAACCAUUUGAGUCUCGCCUGCCGUUUCUCCACCUUCUUGUUCUACAUCAGCAUGUACUGUAGCAUCUUCUUUUUGACAGCCCUUAGCUUGUGCCGCUAUCUGGUGCUGGCAGGUCAAAUUCGGCUCCAGAACAGUGAGGCUUGCAAAUGGGCUCGUUUAUUGUGCUGGGGAAUCUGGGUCUUUGUGGUUGGCGGAAACAUUAUUUACAUUAGUCUAGUUUCUGGGUUCGACAUGAAGACAGGGGGAUGCAUGGAACCUGAAGGAAGAGAGUCCUGGGCUUUUCUAUAUAAUUUAAACCUGGUGGUGCUAGUUAUCUGCUUUUUGCUUCCGCUAACAGUAGUGUUGAUUUGCUACUCCCUCAUGAUCAGACACAUCCUGAGGAUCCAGGCUGGCCAAAGGCAGCGUGACGUGGCUCUGAUCUGCUUGGUGCUUGUGAUUUUUUGUGUUUGUUUCCUGCCCUACCACAUCCAACGCACACUCCACCUCCAUUACGUGAUAAAUCUGGACACAGAACGGUGCCAAUUGCUGGCCAACUUGCAGAAAUCGGUGGUGGUGACCCUGUGCUUUGCUGCUGUGAACAGUUGCCUGGAUCCGCUUAUUUUUCUGUUUGUGGGACAUGGCUUCAAAGCAGGGCUAAAUCAGUUAUUUGCUUAUGUACACCAUUCUUGGACAAUAGAGAAUACCAAUUUAAGUUCCAUAAGUCCAGCUGUUGUACACCUACCACUGGUUAGAGAACCAAAUACCAUGGACAGGGACCAAGCUGCCUCUCCGGAAUUGCAACUUUCCCCAAAAAGUGGUAUUUCUGAAUCUGUAACUUUGUAACCAAGGAAAGAAGAUGAAGUGCAUUUAAAUCUGCCAUUGAUAGUCCAGUGACACGAGGCAUCAAAAGAUGGCUGCUAGACAUUUUGGGAUAUUUCUUUCCUUGGUGCUUGAAUUACACAGACAUGGCUUUAGUGUAAUCUGUUUUUCUGUCUUAUUAAAGCUGAUGUGUGUCUUCUCAACUCAUCAUGAGAACAUUCAUGAUUGUAAAACGAUAGUUGUGCCGCAUGUUUCCCCAGACAGGUGGUAAUAAUUUCGGAGAAAAGGAAGCAAAUGAACUACACUAUACAUCUGCAGCCUAUCAAUCUCAUGACCUGACAAACUUUACACGGACUGAUCAACAGUGAUUAGAACAUUUAAGUUGACAUCUAAGCAGCUGAUCUGUCUUUGAUCAACGUCUGUGACAGUUAUAAACACAAGAUCAGUAGUUAGACUGUAUUGGUUUAACAAUGCAAACACAUUUUCCUGGUAAGAUUUGAGCAUGUGAACAUGCUCACAAAGUGGAUAAGCCUGGUUUAGCUACGUAUAUCAAAUGCUUAACAAAGUGCACAUGGAAAGGCAUGUACCACAUUCCAAUGUCUGAUAUCUUAAAGAUGUGUCUUCAUCCUGCCAAGUCCAAAAACAAGCUCUUUUUUUCAUUAAAAAGAUCUGUUUAAAACUGCAGUUCAUUUAAAGUGCAUUAAAUUUAAUGCUUAUAUUAAUAUGACCUGGAGGUGAAAGCCAAAAUGAAACAUGUUGCCCCCAGAGUGCUUUAGAUUAACUAAGUACAUUGAAAUGUAUCAUUUUAAGUCAUCCCUAGAGCGAGAUAAAAUUCCUUUAUGUACAUACAUAUCUUUUAUACAUGAAGUAGUAUAGAAACCUGUUUUAAUAUUUGUCACACGCCAAACCACGUAAAAAGCAAAUGUGCCAAACUGCGCAGUUCUUCAACUGACCACUAGGACCAAAACUAAGUCAGUCCCCAUAGAGCACUAUGUUUAAAUUUCCAAAUGAAUAACAAAAAUAAACAUGUUUCCAGUCUGGUAA